GGAACGGAUCACUGUCAACGAAGAGCGUUGUUCCGUGGACCUGCAACGUCUGUCGCAGUUCAGCGAUGUUCACACGGCACAGUUGCCCAAAUUGUUUCCAAAACUGCAUUGCUAGAGGGGUGUGCCACUACUGGAGGACAAGGAGAACUACGGCGCGCGUCCGGCCUGUGGGCCAGAUUGCACGUGCACGGCCCCAGUGACGGGGAAUGGUGACAUGAAUAAGGACUGCGUACCCGCCUACUGGCGCUGUGACGGCCAAAAUGACUGCCCGGACAAGUCGGAUGAAGUGGAAUGUCCCAGAUGCCGGGUGGAUCAGUUCAGCUGCCAGUCCGGCGAGUGCUUCGACAAGGCUCUGAUCUGCGAUGCGACCACCUGUGACAACUGUGAAAAUGUCUACGAUGAGGCCGACUGCUGCAAGCGGCCAGGAGACUUUCAGUGCCUUUGAGGUGCAACGCGACCAAGCUGCGGAUGAAGAUGAAGCGAAAAGACUCUGGACGAGUGUGCCAGGUUACCACUGCCACAAUGCCAUCGACAAGGACCCCAGGUCCGAAGGCGACAGCAGUUUAAGGCGCGCGCUUGUCCUCAACGAACGAAGGACAAGCUGCACAGUAUGCCAAAUGCGGAAGAGGAUGAUUCGCCCGAAGAGUUUCAGCAUGAAUGGGCCAAAUGGGAAAGUUUUUUUUCUGGUAACCUUCUACGCCUUUGCAAAAUACGCGGACAAAGAACCGAGACUCAAACAAAUAAGCACGGAAGAAGUCAAGCCGGAUGGCAUAAUAAUCAAGGUUAUUAUUUCAUAUAUGUAUGUAUUCGUCAUUCGCAUCGCUGGACCUAGGGCUUCCAGAAAACCUCCCGCAGGGGCCGCUCUGGUGGAACAUCAUGGAACAAAUGGAUCGAAAAUCAACAGCCGCCAUCGCUGCCUACAAAAUCUUUAUAAAUCCUUAUGUAACAGCCGCACUGUACUCUAGCAAAUUGCAGGGAAGUAAAACUUUGAAAAACGAGAUAUUCUACGCGGUUUCUUUAUUUAAUAUAGCUAAAGAGCCGACUAAGCGGGCUAUAAAAUAGAGAGCAUCCUCUUGAAGUUCAUUAGGCUGGCUAGUGUGGGAUGCAUAAGUUAUAAUGUCCGCCGUAAGCCUUUUAAUACUGAAUUUACUUCCUUCAGCUCCAAUGGGGCUGCACGCGUACUAUGUAGGUCGACACAAAACCCCAUUUACAUGACGCAUUAAACGUUUCCAUUCAUGGUACAA